AUGCCACAUUGCGCACCUUACCCAACCCAAUCAUGGCCCACUGACCCCAACACUUUCCAACUACCCCAGACGCACACCGGAGACAGUUCGUACUUUGGAGAAAUAAACAACUUGACCCCGGUAGCGACACCGAGUGGGCUUGCAUCUUCAAUAAAUACAUCUAUACCAAAUAACGGGCUUGCCGGCGACGCUUUCCAUGAAACAGAACGUGCGUCAGAACGCCAACUUCAAGAAGAUCUAUCUCAAUCAAUGUCCCCGCCAUCCUUUUACGUCGUUACUGAAGCGGCACUACCUCAAGUUCUCCAUGUCAUCAACACCAUGUCACCUCAAUCCAAAGUCAUCGUGCUUGUUCCGCCUGAAUCUUCAAACUCGGUUUCGAGCUCAAUGCCAAUAUUCCCUCCAAGCCCCUCCUAUGGACAAAACUUCAACGUUCCAGUCACUGACACCGUGCCACUACACAACCCGCAAAAUGUGAGCUGUUUGUGUCAUACCCACAACGCUCUAAAUGGAUCACCGGCAGAGCUAGACAGGGUGACGAUGGGUCCUGCAGCCUAUGCCCAAAAAUGCCCUCUCCACAAAGUGGUGCCUUCAAGCUUGACAAAUGGGGUGAAUUCGUCUAGGUUGAUGUGA